AUGGAGAUUGUAAUUCCGGAUGAAUGGAACUUUCGCCACUUUCCCAACCAGAAUAGAAUGCAGCUCGAUCCGGCUGAAAACCUUGAAUCUGAGACUAAUGCCUUUGUUGGUUGGGCCUUUGCCUUUGAUGCCUCACCACUUUCAGAUUCAAGUGCUAGUUUUCUUACAAUGUCGAUCGGGAAAGAUAGAGCAUCUUUUCCCCGGCCUGGAUCAGAUCCACCAGACGAGAAACUCAAUUCUGCACUGCUGCUGAGUCGUCGGACUUAUCCACCAAGGGAUUCGUGGAAUUUCCUCCUUUUUUUUGGGUAUGCGGGUACUACGAGUCCUCUUACUACCAACCAGCAGACAUCAUAUGGCUGGGUCUUGCCGGCGUCGGGGAGAUCAGAGCAACAAGGAAUGCCUAGACGAUGUUUUUCUUCCUGGGCUGCAGUAAGCAGAUCGAGAGGUCGUUCCGUCCCUUGUCCCCGAGGAAGGGUAAUAUGUUCUCAUAAAUUCUUGCUCCAAUCUGACCUAGCUGGCGAGCGAUCCCAGUUCGCGGCAGAGAACAAGACAGCAAGCGAGAGUACCUUUGUUCGCUUCUUCUCCACCAAGCACGGAAGUUUAAGGAUAACUGUGGGUCGGUGGCUACCUAAGGAAACUCCGAUUCGAUCCGCCCCCCAGCUGGGAGGCAUCUACCUCAUCCCGAUCACAAGGAGAGGUUCACCAUGAUGGGGGUACUUGUCUUUUUUCCCUUCCGGAAAUAAUGAAAUGCAGCGGUAACCAUCCUUUUGUUGUGUUGCGGCAUGCUCCUCAGAUUUACGGAUUCGCAGGGGGCCUCAGGCCCUACUUAGUUGACUUACAAUGACAAAGGCUUGCAAAACUAAGUAGGGCCUUUUGAAUUGAAUCUUAAGUAGUCUAUCAGUGGUGCAAAGCGGCUUUGUGCCCCUUUUCAGUAGGGGAGCAAAAGGUUAGACCUUAGAAAGUAAGCGAAUAGCGGUUCUUCUAUGUGGGUAUGGCCUUCCCCCUUUACUCUCCUAACGUCGAGCUAAGUGACUUCGUAACCUUUGCGUAGCGUAGUAGAAUGAAGGCUACGCCCCUUUCUGGGUGAGCGCUCUCUUAUCUAUUAGCCUAAGCGUCUUCGCUAACUCGCUCGCCUACUAUACCCACCCUACUAUACAAUACAUUAGUAGGGUAUAGUAGGCUAACCCAUAGGUCCUUAGUAGCGUUGACAAAGAAGAACAGCUGGUUAAAAGACAGUGAAUCUUAAAAUAUAUAUAAGAUAUGAUAUUAAAAGAAUAAUAUAUCUAUUUUUUAUAGGCCAGCUUGACAAGCUACCCUUCCUCUUGAUCUUAGGUGCGAAGAGAAAGAUCUCUUUUUUAUGACUUCCACUUAUCUAUCGAUCCCGGCCCGGAAAGCUGGUAGUAUUAAGAAGCCAGGGCCUCUUUUUGAAUGAAAGAAAGGGUUUAUGAGCCCUAGCCCUGUAAGCCCACACCUGUGUAGAGUAGAUCGUUCAACACCUGCGGCACUAACCCAUUUUUGACCUAUGGGUCCUAGUCUCAUAGGCGACCGAACGGCCGCCCCCUAAUUACUAGACCAACCUGCUGUAAUAAUUCCAUAAACACCUAACGAAGAUAUGGCAAACAAAUAAAGUAGCCCUAUGUUCGAAUCUGACAAUACCAUACCAUAAUCAAAAGGUACAACGGCCCGAGCGACCAGACUUAACAUAAAUGUAGCCACUGGAGCCAUUCUAAAAAG